CGAACGUCUUAUGGCAGUCGUGCUCAAGCUUUUGCGUGGAGCGAAAUAGCAGAUCUAAAGAAAGUACUUACUCUACUUUCACAUUCGGAAAUUUCACGGUGCUUGACGUUCCCUGCGUGCAGUAGUUGCUCGAGAUUGUUUGUGGUCCACCAGAGAAAUAGUAUCUGAAAUAACAAAGAAGUACCGAGUGCAGUGCUUAAGAGUGUGGGUUCAGUAAGAGUCGUUACUCUAAAUGAAAUCUAUUAGUGAGUUUUAUUAAAUUGAAGUGUUUGAGUGAUAUCUUAGGUUCUCUGCAUUGAAUCUUCGCAUGCAAAGUGAAACUUGGAUACGCGAUUAAGGUAGACCGUAGGCUAUGGGAUCAUCAGUAUCGGAAAGGGAAUUGGAAAAAUAUGUUUUGGUUCUAGAAACACAAACGCUUACCUAUAGGAAGGAAUAGGUAAUGGCCUUAUCAAAGUUCUUCCAAAUAAAUGCUGCAAAACUUGCUCGGAAAAAAGUUAAUCCUCUUAAAAAAACAGGAGAACCGCUGAAAUAUGAUGCCCACUUCAAAGGACCACUUGGCAAAAGAUCUUGUACUGAUGUCUUAUGCUUAAUAAUAUUCGUCGUCUUCCUAAUACUGUGGUCAUACAUAGCAUACUUUGCUAUUGGACAUGGUGACUUAGAAAAACUUCUGGUACCAGUGGAUUCCCAAGGAUAUCGCUGUGGUGUUGACAGCCCGGUACUGGAUAAACCUUAUUUAUUCUUCUUCAAUUUGGAGAAAUGUAUAAGUCCACUGGUACCAAUUACUGGCUGUCCUACCCCACAAGUAUGCGUGAAGGAAUGUCCCAAUCAAAUGUUUAUUUAUGAAACGUAUAAGGGAUCAUUCGAAGAGCUGAAGUCUAAAUUAAUUUGCCAAACAGAUAAGGAUAAAGAGAAUAUAAAAGAUAUGACAGAUGCGAAAAAUGCGAUACAGGAGAACAGAUGUGCCUCUUGGUAUAUACCGAGUGUUCCGUUUGUCAAACGCUGCGUUUGGGAAUUCACAUCAACCUCAUGUCCAAGACUGCCCCCUCGCCUUCUGCAACGUAUAAAACGAGACACUUCUAAGGUUCCGAGUUUAGCAUUUAAUGAAACUGACCUAAUAGAGCCACCAAUCGAGGUUGACCUAUAUAAUAGUGACCAGAUCCAAUCAUCAGAUCAACGGAAACCUGUAGAAGAACCAAUUGUUCAUUGCGAAACCAGAGAGAAACUAGGCGAAGAGAUAAUCAUACGAAAGAUGCGACGCAUAAAUACAUAUCUUGCUAAAAUUGUCGGAAAUUUGGUGGCGAAUUUAUAUAAUGGAACCGAUUCACAGGAGUUGGGUCAACUUAUAGUUGAAGAUCUCACAGAAUCAUGGCCUGUGAUGGCAAUUGGCCUCAUCCUUGCUAUGAUACUCUCAUUAGUAUUCAUUGCCGUGAUGAGAUGGCUUGCGAAGCCAAUGGUAUGGCUGUCUAUACUUGGAGUCCUGGGGCUCUUAGGUUUCGGUAUUUAUUCAUGCGUGACCUUAUUCAUUUAUUAUCGCGAUCAUCCAGUCCGAACAGCAGUUUCACCAAAUCUAGCCGCAUAUAUUCGAUCAUGGGGGACGGACAAAAUUACUUGGCUAAUUUUGACGAUUAUUUUAAGCAUACUUUUCAUCGUGUUACUCCUGGUUGCAAUAUUCCUACGUGGAAGGAUCCGUAUUGCGAUAGCUCUUAUCAAGGAAGCGAGCAAAGCCGUCUCAUCUAUCAUUUCUACUGUUUUCUUCCCCAUCAUCCCUUGGAUAUUCCAAGUGGCAACAAUUGUAUUCGCUAUCGCAAUAGGAUUAUACCUUGCAUCUGUAGGACCAUCAUCAUAUCGAGUAGUAGGUUCGAUUCCGAACAACUGUAUUUGCACAGGAGCAGCCGCACAAUAUGCUGAAGGUUCAUAUUGUGAUCCAAAAACCUUCAAUGAAAACUGUCAUCUUCCAGCACAAACGGCAUCCGUCGUGCAGAGAUUAUUGGGCACGGAAAAUGCACCAUGUUCAAAUGCUGGGUGUUAUUUCGAGAAAAUUUCAAAUCCAAAUAUAAUUGGUUAUAUGCAGGCAUACAACGUGGUUGCAUUCUUCUGGGUCAUAUUUUUCAUAUCAGCGUUUGGCGAAAUGGUAUUAGCAGGAGCAUUUGCAACUUGGUACUGGACCUUCCACAAAUCCGACGUCCCCUUCUUCACGUUGACCAAGUCAGUAGGGAGGACGACACGUUACCACUUAGGCACACUAGCCUUCGGCGCGCUAAUAGUAACAAUUUGUCGUAUUAUUCGAGUGAUCUUAGAAUGGAUCGACGCGAAACUAAAGAAAUUCGACAACGCAUGUACACGCGCUAUCCUUUGCUGUAUGAAGUGCUUCUUCUGGUGUUUGGAGAAGUUCCUUCGGUUCAUCAACAAGAAUGCAUACAUUAUGUGUGCGAUACAUGGAAAGAAUUUCUGUACGAGCGCUAGGGAUGCCUUCAACCUGCUAAUGCGCAAUUGUAUACGCGUUAUUGUUGUUGAUAAAGUAACUGAGUUCUUGCUGUUCCUAUCGAAAUUGUUGCUGACCCUGGGAUUAGGAACCGCUACGUAUUUCUACAUAGGAACGUAUGCUGCCAAUCAAGAGAUUCACUACCGAAUAACGCCAACGAUUAUUGUGAUGAUCGGAACUUAUCUGAUCACAACCGUCUUUUUCCAAGUGUAUUCCAUGGCUGUUGACACACUUUUCUUGUGCUUCUUGGAAGACAGUGAACGAAAUGAUGGAUCACCUGAAAAGCCAUUCUUCAUGUCGAAGCAACUCAUGAAAAUCUUAGAGAAACGUUAUACAAGUAACGGACUCGUCUAUACAAUAAAAUCAACAAAUGUGUACAAAAAACCUUUAAGACACGCUAACCAAUAUUCCAAACAUACAAAGAUUGCACAUUUUGAUAAAAUAGAUGAAGAAGAUCAAAAGACUGUCUAACGACAAUUAGUGAAUUUAAAAUGAUUGUGAAGUAAGAGAAAUGGAAAUUUACCUAAUUUUGGUGUUUUCAAUUUCCAAUUACCAAAAGAAUUUGAUCGUGAGAUCUGCGGAAUUAGAUUGUAAUCAUUCUUAAACUUAAUUAUUAUAGGUUUAAGUUGAAAGUAAUAUAUGAAUUCACGAUGGAUUGAUUGCGUUUAAGAUGGAUAUCAUCAAGUAAUAAUUUUGUAUCAUAUUUGAAUUAAAUUAUAUCGAAAAUGCAGAGAAUGUAUCUGUAAUGAAACGA